ACGAUGAGUUCCGUCAACUAUUAUCCCAGAGGGAUAGACCAUCUCUUCAACGGUGCCGAACCUCCCAACAAAGGACUGCGCGACGAUUCGAAACACCUCCGUCAAAUCUUGGCCGACCUAGCCGACCAAGGCAAGAGAAUCCUCUUAGUUGGUCAUUCCUACGGUGGCAUGGUCAUCUCUGCUGCAUCUACGGGUCUGGGCUUGGAGGAACGCACGCAGGCUGGCAAGUCCGGAGGUGUGAUCCGCUUGGUCUACAUGGCUGCAUUUGUCGCGCCCCGAGGGAGGAGCCUGAAGGACAUGAUCAAUGGGGAACUCUGGCCGUGGAUGCUCGUCCAGGGAAACUAUGUUCGCCGCGACCCGGCCGUAGACUUGAUCCAAGAUGUGCCGGCCGAAGUCAAAGAGAAGUUAUCGGCAGCUUUGCACGGCCACAUCUGCCUCGCUGCAUUUCUUGAGCCAAGUACCGACGAGCCGUGGCGUACGAUUCCAAGUGCGUAUAUUGUCUGCGAUGAGGACCAAGCGCUUCCGCCUGCGAUCCAGGAUCACAUGAUCCGGUCUCUGAUUGACCCUCAAGUUUUCCGGUUGAAGAGUGGCCACUCGCCGUUUCUGAGUAUGCCCAAUGAGACGGCUGAGAUUUUGGAGCAGCUUUGUCAGUGA